GCCAGAUUCGGUGUUCACUGUCACUUACAAGACUGGAGUGAUCACUGGAAGGAAUAUGAAGAAAGGCUUUCCCUGAACAGAGUGUUCUGAGAGUCAACAUAUUGUGGUGGCAGAACCCUUAAAGCAGAAGGUACAGUUCUGUUGACACUGAAGACGCCUCGGAGUGUGUAUACUGAAAAUUGCUGACAACUCAAAUGGACCGCAUGGAGCUGCACAAAAUCAACAUAGAGCUUGACGAGGAGAGCAACAGUGGGGAAAGCACUGAAGACAACUACACUGAGAUGGGGGAUCCAGAGAAGGCCACUAUUAGCAGUCAGUUUGUUGGUGAUGAAUCAGAAAGUCAGAAGUUCCUUACCAAUGGAUUUCUGGGUAAAAAGAAAUUGGAAGACUAUAAGGAUGAAUAUCACCCAGGAGAUACUUCAUUUGGAAUGUCUGCAUUUAAUUUGAGUAAUGCCAUCAUGGGCAGUGGCAUCUUAGGACUUUCCUAUGCCAUGGCAAAUACUGGAAUUGUACUUUUUAUAGUCUUACUGUUUAGUGUGGCCAUAAUGUCUCUGUAUUCAGUUCACCUGUUACUGAAGACAGCUAAGGAAGGAGGCUCACUAAUAUAUGAAAAAUUAGGUGAAAAGGCAUUUGGAUGGCCUGGAAAACUUAGUGCCUUUGUUUCUCUUACAAUGCAAAACAUUGGAGCAAUGUCAAGCUACCUCUUUAUUAUUAAGUAUGAACUUCCGGAGGUAAUCAGAUCAUUUCUGGGGCUUCAAGAAAAUUCUGGGGAAUGGUAUCUAAAUGGCAACUACCUCGUGAUAUUUGUGAGCAUUGCAGUUAUUCUACCGCUUUCGCUUCUAAAAAAUUUAGGGUACCUUGGUUAUACAAGUGGAUUUUCACUCACCUGCAUGGUAUUCUUUUUGAGUGUGGUGAUCUACAAGAAAUCUCAAAUACCUUGUCCUCUCCCUUUCUUGAACAAUGAUCUUGGCAAUUGGUCCUACAAUAACACGACAGUUCCGAUACAUAUAGUGAUGUUACCAAAUGAUUCUGCUAAUUCAGGAGUCAAUUUUAUGAUGGAAAGCACCCAUUCACAUUAUUCAAGUUUUGAAGAAACCAAAGAUCAGCAUCAAAGUGGAGUGCAGUAUGAAGCUCACAAUGAAGACAAUGACAAGUGCCAAGUCAAGUAUUUUGUGUUUAACUCACGGACUGCCUACACAAUACCAAUCCUAGCAUUUGCAUUUGUAUGCCACCCUGAAGUUCUACCCAUAUACAGUGAACUGAAAAACCGAUCACGGAAACAGAUGCAAAAUGUUUCCAAUGUCUCCAUCACUGGGAUGCUUGUCAUGUAUCUACUAGCUGCCCUGUUUGGCUAUCUUACCUUUUAUGGAGAAGUUGAAGAUGAACUACUUCAUACAUAUACCAGAGUGUACACUUUUGACACUCUGCUCUUGAUGGUUCGCUUUGCAGUGCUUGUAGCUGUGACACUGACUGUGCCAAUAGUCCUGUUCCCUAUUCGAACAUCAGUUUCUACACUUUUGUUCUCAAACAGGCCUUUCAGUUGGAUAAGACAUUUUCUGAUUGCUGCAGUAAUCCUUGCAUUUAACAACAUCUUAGUAAUUUUUGUGCCUACUAUUAGAGACAUCUUUGGAUUCAUAGGUGCUUCUGCUGCCACAAUGCUGAUUUUUAUCCUUCCUGCUGCCUUCUACCUUCGUAUUGUCAAAAAAGAGCCUUUGAGGUCACCUCAGAAGAUUGGAGCUUUGAUGUUCCUCAUUGUCGGCAUCAUCUUUAUGAUUGGGAGUAUGACCCUCAUUGUGCUGGACUGGGUGUAUAAUUCUACAAGUUCCAAACCCCAUUAAUCUGGAGGAGAAGAGAAAGGGGCCUGUCUAUUCCUGCUCGAAAUGGUCAACUACCACCAUCCCCACAGACAGAGAAAAAGACUUUUGACCAUACAGAUGGGGACAGUACUUCUAGUCAAUAACUAG